ACCUCCUCCUCUUCCUCGAGUUCCUGCGACGCACAGCCUCUCACUCUUCUCCUCGAGUUCGACGUCGCAAGACAUACUUUCCAGCUGAGUCCCGAGUCGACUGAAUUCUUUCGACCGUGUGUGUGUGUCUCGAAGCCAGUGUCUUCAAGCUUCCUUCUCCGUAAGAGAUAAUUGAAGCGAUGGGUAGUCUCCUCAAGACGCGGUUGUGGUGGGUUGCCCUUCUGUGCACGCUCGUAGAAUCUGCAGUCAGUGGGCAGUCGCAGCCUUUCCAACAACGACUCGACGUAUCUGGGCCACCGACAUCACUAGCCAGCGACGCUCUGCACAGGCUGGUGGAAAUUUCGAGGGCCGUCUGUCUGCAAAAUCCCAAUUUGUUCGGGUGUCGCUUUGCAGAUGGCUCUCUGGGGGAAGGGAUUAACGAGAACAUGCUGUCCCGGCUCGAGUCCACGGACGGGAUAUCAGAUCUGGCGUCCUUAUUUAUCCUACACAUCUCUUAUACUCAAGAGCAGUUCUUUAAGAUGGUUACCGAGAGAAACGAACUGAACGAAAAAGUUAGAGCACUGGAGGCCCUCAACCUUCAGCUUAUGGAAGGAAACCUGACCGAUACACAGUAAGAAAAUUCAGCAAUCUGGAGAGAGAGAGAGAGAGAGAG